GUCACUUUUUGAAUACACGUGAUUUUAUACAGCGAGUUUCUUAAAAAAAUAUAAUCAUAUUAACUUUAUGGGUGCUGAUUUAUUUGAAAAACCAAGAUAAUAUUAAAAUUAUAUUAUGGAAAAAUCGUCAAGGAGGUUGUUUGUUGGUAAUAUUACAAGCGAGACGAAUGAAAAAGAUUUGCAAAAAUCAUUUGGUCGUUAUGGACAAGUUGAAAGUAUAGAAAUAAAAAGAAAAAAUAAUUUAGUAGAUCCAGAGAACCCAACUUAUUUCGCCUUUGUUACAAUUCUAACUGAUGAAUUUUCACUCAAUAAAUGUUUAAAUAGAUUUUCGGAAAAAGAUUUAAACGGCUUGUUUUUGAAUGUUAGUAUUGCGAAAGAAAGUUUCUUAGAUAAGUUAAAAAAAGAACGCGAAGAGGCUAAUUCAUAUUUUGAAAGUACUCCCUUUAGAAAAGAGAACGGUUACCGCAAAAGUGUAAUUAAUGACAAGCAGAGCAGUUUUCAGACAGGUGAUAACAAAAAAAGGAAAACUUUCGAUUCUGAUGAUGAGAUUUUUCAAAAGGACGUGAAUUGUGAGAAUUUGAUGACACAUGAAAAAUUUAACGGAGCAGAAGCUAAAGAACCAGAACCUUUAAAUGAUAACGAAAAGAGGAUACAAUCAUUGCAAAAAAUGCAUGAGGCUUAUACAAAUAAGAAAAUGAUUAUUCAAAAAUCUUUAUCUGGUUUGGACGCCAUAAAUUCUAAGAAAAUUAAAUUCGAUUUUUACGAAUCAGAAGAAGAAGUGCCAGAAAAAAUUGUACAUAAAACUUUAAAUUUGUUUGAAAACGAAGAUGAUUCUGAUGAAGGAAAUAAAAAUAAUUUAGGAAAUUCAAUAAAAACAAGUAGAGUUUUUGACCAAAAUAUAUUAAAAAUGAAGAAUAAUGUUAACGCAGAUCCUCGCUUUAAAAUGGAUAAACAUUUUUUUGAUGCUGAGGAGGCGGAUGAUUUGGAACUAACUUCGUCAGAAACUCAUAGUAAAAAUGUAAAUGUCGAAAACGAAGAUGAAAAAGAAGCACAAAUUCGAAUAAUGGAAGAAAUAGUUGGACAUAAACUUUCGCGACCAGUUGACCCAAAUCGAAAAAUUUUUCCCCAGUCUGUUAUGAGAUAUGACCCGAAAAAUCAGGAUCACCGGGAAAUUAUCGAUUCAUUAAAUAAAAUUCAAAGAAAAAGUAAUUUGGCUUCAGAUAAAACUCAAUUGAAGACAGCAAACUUCGAAAAGCAAAAAGAAGAAAGAGAUAACGAAGUGUCCAAAGAUCAGUUUUACGCAAUUAAUGAUGAUUUAAAAAACUCUUUAAAACGCAGGGGUGAUGGAUUUAGUCUGUUAUCCAUGUUUGGCAAACAAGAAGAAGGAAAUGAAGAGAAAAUUAUAAAUCCAACCGACGAAAAAUUUUUGAUCAAAAGCUCAAAAAAACCAAUUUUAGAUGUUGAAGAAAAUCCUUUCAAGUUUGAUUCAUCAGAUUCUGAAGACAAUUUACAAACCAAGGAAAUGGAAAUAAUACCUAGUAAACAAAAUAAGAUUAAAAUGGGAAACGAUAAUACUGCAAAAUCAGAAGUAUGGAUUGAAAGUUUCUUUAUUUUUGAAAAUGAUAAAAGAUUAAAAGAAGGAAAGGAGUUUUUUGAAUGUAAAAGGCCGAAAAUAAAUGAUGAUAGUAAUGAAAAAGAAGAUUACAAUAAAGUGAAGGAACAGUUGAGACAAAUAAUAAAUAAAAAAAUAAUCAAAUCCAAAAAGUCCAUGGAAGGAAGAGAUAAACUUAAGACAAAAAAAAUAUCAAUAUUGAGAAAGAAGAAAUAAAAACGUAAACACUGUAUGUAUGUAUAUAAAUUUAUUUUUUUUUGUGAUGUUGGGGAGGCGUUGUAUGAUGCUAAAUGGCUUCUGAAUAAAAGUUAAAUGUGGGACAACUCUUUUGUUGUCUGUAAAUAUUAGAGAUUUUUAUAAACACAUUAAAGCAAAAACAUAACGUGAGAAACAUGUAAUAUAAUUUUUACUAUUCAAUAAAAUCAACACUGUCUAUUCAUAUGAUUUAACUACGCUACUCAUAAUUAUCAUUUCUCUAAUGCUUAUGAAGAAACAAGAGGAGGGCCUCUACUAUAAAAUAUGUGUAAUUUGAAGCAUAGUUUUCAAUAUCGCUAUGUACUGCAUUUAUGAAAAUGUUUAGUAUAAUAAAGUGGCAAGUUUAUUUCAAUUUCA